UUUUGGCCAUUUCCCACCGCUUACAUUGCUUAUUUCUCUUAAUCUGCUAUUGCUUCAGCGCUUGCUCCAUUCAAAGUGAGGAACUUCGGUGUCUUUGAUCACUCCCUGGGGUCUUGGUGUGAGUUGUUGAGGGUCUUUCAUCUAAUGGGGAAAGGUUCAAAAAUCAACUGCAAGUCUGCAUCCCACAAACUCUUCAAGGACAGGGCAAAAAACCGGGUGGAUGACCUGCAGGGGAUAUUCUUGGAUCUGCAAUUUGCCAGGAAAGACAGCCGGAGCAUCGAUGUCGCAGUCCUUGAGGAGCAAGUCCAUCAGAUGCUCCGUGAAUGGAAAGCUGAGCUCAAUGAACCUUCUCCGGCAUCUUCAUUGCAACAAGGAGGGAGUCCUGGUUCAUUUUCAUCGGACAUUUGUCGGCUGCUGCAGCUUUGUGAGGAGGAAGAUGAUGCAACCAGUGUUCUAGCUGCUCCAAAGCCUGAGCCUAAUGAUCAAAACCUUCAAGUAGGAGAUACUGCUGCUUUCCAAGAGUUGAAAAGGCAUUCACUGGCAAGUUUUAUAAUCAACAUGUUCUUACAGGGUUAUGGAGUUAAUCAGGGGCAACAUCAACGUGGCUUUCCAUUAGUUGAUCAUUGCAAAGAUUCACCUUCAGGAAUCCGUGUCAUGCCAAUGAACUGCUUGGAAGGGACUACUCAAUUGGAAUACCAUCAGAUGGAUUUUCAUCAGGAUUUUGAACACUUCUACACAGGUUACAAUGGUACAGGUUUCGCUGGGGAGGAUGCCAUGCUUCAUACUACUCCUAGUUAUCUGCCAAGUGUAUGUCUGCCAGUGCCACCAUCUGCAUUCUUAGGUCCAAAGUGUGCACUUUGGGAUUGUCCAAGGCCUGCUCAAGGGUUGGACUGGUGUCAAGACUACUGUAGUAGCUUUCAUGCUAGUUUAGCAAUGAAUGAAGGGCCACCUGGAAUGGGACCGAUUCUGCGACCUGGUGGCAUAGGCCUCAAGGAUGGACUGCUCUUUGCUGCUCUCAGUGCUAAGGCACAAGGAAGAGAUGUGGGUAUACCAGAAUGUGAGGGAGCUGCAACUGCAAAGUCUCCAUGGAAUGCUCCUGAGCUCUUUGAUCUUUCAGUUCUUGAGGGUGAAUCAAUGAGGGAGUGGCUCUUUUUUGAUAAACCUCGAAGAGCAUUUGAAAGUGGGAACAGAAAGCAGAGGUCUUUACCGGAUUACAGUGGGCGUGGCUGGCAUGAGUCAAGGAAGCAAGUUAUGAAUGAAUUUGGAGGACUGAAGAGAUCGUACUACAUGGAUCCACAGCCACUACAACAUUUUGAGUGGCACCUUUAUGAAUAUGAAAUCAACAAAUGUGAUGCCUGUGCCUUGUACAGGUUGGAAUUGAAGCUUGUUGAUGGUAAGAAAAAUGCAAAGGGGAAAUCAGCAAACGAUACAGUUGCUGAUCUGCAGAAGCAGAUGGGAAGGCUCACUGCAGAGUUCCCAACUGACAACAAACGCAAUGUCAAAGGAAGGGCUAAAAUUAAUGCUAAGGUCAGUGUUGUAAAUCCUUAUUCUACUCAAAAUACGGUGGCACCAUCAAGCGAGAAGUUCGAUUGCGGGCAUGGAUUGCAGUACGACUAUCUGGUUGACGAUUUAAGUGGUUAUUAUCUAACAUAGUAAAAGAAAAUGGAUGAAAAAGCUGAAAUAACUACACCCAUUCAUCUGGUUUUAUCAUAUAUAUCUGCUAAAGCUUUUAACUCGAAGAAUUGGUGGGGGAUUCUGCAUUUUCUCUAGUCCAUUCUGAAGUUGUUGAUUACUAGAAAACCAGGUCAAGAUCUUAUUUUUGGUGGCUAUAAAUUUGUACAAUACAUUUUCUCACAGAAGUGCUCGUAUUUUUGGGGUU